AUGCCGCGCACUUCCAGAUCCACGGUCUCACUCCAGGCACAGCCUGCCAUUCACAGCUUUGGCCGGGCAACCAAGGCCGGUGUCACGCCUGUUCUUUCUGCGAAGAAGCCGGCGACUUUGCCGGUGUCGCCCUCGAAGAAGAGGAAACUGCAGGAGCUUGAGAACUUCGACAGUGCCGGUCGUCAAUCAGUCGACGUGGAGGCUGACACACCUUCCAAAACCUUGAAAUUCAGUCAAUUGACGGUCGCUUCUCCCCGAAGCGGACAUUACGCCUCUCCAAAGCGCACCCCAAGUCGCCGUACCCGUGUUUCGACCGUUGCGGCCACUGUUCCCGAAGUCCCUGAUACACCCUCCAAGAAACGUACGAUCAAUCUAGAGGAGGCCAUUUCCGAUGCACCGCUUGCGCCGCGAGCACCUUGUGUCAAAGAUUUCUUGCACCUCCAUUCGGCAUUUGUUCAAGCACUCUCGAUUCACAUUGCGCACAACGGUCCCGUUUCGCCCGCCGACUUCCGAGAGUUUCUGCCUAGCGUGACGCGGAUAUGGAAGAAACGCAAGGUCCAGCCCAAGGACUUACAGCGUCUCUUGUGGGUUUGGGAGCGCAGCAUCAGGGCGAAAGAUGUCGCGUACCGUUUGGCCAACUACGGGUUGGGAAAGGUGUGCCUGGAGAGACAUGUGCAAAUCGAUGAACAGCCGUCAGUGCUCCAGGAUGCCUUUGAGCAGGCGCUUGACUUGCUCUGGGAGCAAACAGAACCCUCACUCGAGACGGCCAAGGAAGAGGACCGCCCCGCGCUUUUCUUAGAGUCGCUUGGUCUCACCCCUAUUCAUGAAUCUCUCACGCCACUCACUGCCUUCAAGAAAGGUCAACAGCGUCUGCAAGACUUGCGAUCCGGUGUCAUUCGGAUGAAGACCGAAAAGCUGCGUGCCGAGACCGAGGCUAGCGAGCACAAAUCUCUCGCUUCCCCACUGAACCGUCGACAGAGUCUUCUUGACCGCAUCAAGAAUAAGGAGCUCCGCCAGUCGAAAUUACCCCCAGCACCCACGAAGAAAGAAAUGACUCUUCGAUCGGCCGCGGACCACGUGGAAGAAGUAGCAGGAAUCUUGGCUCUUUUACGUCCGCCUGCCUACACGGGUACAGGUAUCAAGGCACUCUUUGCGAGUCAACGCAAGCCAUUCAAGAUGGACACAAUGAUCGAUCACGUCCGUGAUUCUGUUCGAUCCCCGAUUCCUCGCGAGGAGGUCGAGGCCUGUCUUGAGAUUCUGGCCGAUCCUCGCGUGGCGGGUCAUUGGGUCACCAUGGUCACAGUAAAGGAUAUUCGCUCCGUUGUCCUCAAGUCCUGCAAGGACAUUGAGAUCAAUCAACUCGGGGCCAAAGUGGCACAGGUUAAGGCUGAAUGGGAGAAGCCCUCGGCCUGCACGCCGAGCAUCAUCUUGAAAAUCUGA